AUGGUAUUAACGUCAAUGCUCUCCAGUUUUAAGAGACGCAAGAGGGACGCGGUUGGCGCCCUUGACAUCGUGACUAAUAACGCCCAACCUAUACACGCUGAGGUCAAACCGGAAAAUGCCGAGGUCAGGGAGAAGCAAUGUUCGUUAUCUCGUCGGAAACACGUGCCUUCGCAAAUAGAACCGGGUGUUGUUUUUCAGGUGACCCCUCCAAAACCUGCAAUCUAUGAGGCGAAAUCUUUAAGGAAGUCAUCACCACUCACAAACAGAUUGGACUUAAUUCGCGGCAUAAGCAGAAUUUUAACCUUGUUAGUCCUUGCCGUUUCCGCAAUAUUUGAAUUUUAUCCAGUUGUUCGACAAACUUAUGAUACAAUUAUAGAUAUAAUGUAUAAUACUUAA